UUACUUGGCCUCCUUGAGAAGCUUCUUCUCUUGGACGGCCGGCGAUUGGCAGAGCGCCUCAAUCAUGUACAGUCCCGUCUCGGGAGAGAUCAACCUAAGACAGGAAGCGACAAAUGAGCGAUUGAUGUGAUGUGUCUGCCUGCCAUUGUGGUGGUCCGCUGGCUCAUUCACUGGCUGACUCACUCUCUGGCAUGUUCGCUGAAGAGCAUGAAGACGCGAUUGAUCGGCUCGACGCCCUUCUUGCGAACGGUGACCACGUCAAUCGACGCUGAACCGUUGCGGCGCUCAGACUGCAUGAGCCAAAGCACAAACACGAACAAAGCACAUUGAUGCAUGUUUGCCUGCCUCUUUCUCUCUUUGUCGGCCAGACAAAGACAAACCAAUGUGAGGUCUGGGCAUGAUUGGCUCAGCUGCUUGAGCCGGUGGUGAAUCUGGUCGGUCGUGUGGUGGAAGUCAAAGUCCUGCAGCAACACCGUCUUGGCGUCUGUGGCACUGCUGCCUGAGGCGGCCGCCACAUAGAGGCAGAGGUAGAGGCAGAGGCAGAUGAGCGACAGCCGCAGCAGACCACCCCUCAUCUCAAUCGACAGAUGAGAAGAGAAGAUUCCUCAGUCAACGGAUAAGCUGGUUGAACUGCAAUACACACAAACACAUACGAAUACACAUACGUGUAUGCGUGACAUACAUGUUUUGUCAUUGCAAAUGUCCCUCGAGAGCCUCCCCACCGGCGUAGGAGAGCCAUCAGCCCAUCGAUUUGUCCUCAAACCACGGCGAUGGCUUCUGCAAAGCGUUGGCGACACCUCUCACCCUCGCCCGCCCGAUCCAGCGAUGCAAAUGGACCGAGAUGCCCUCACACCCGAUGUGUGGCGGUACUCGAGCGAGCUGGGCAGCUGCCGAUGAGGAUGGAACGGUCCGUUGUUGUGCUUUUGCGCUGGAUGAAGGCGGGGGACAGCGGGAGGAACGAUGGAUGUGUGGGAUCGUUGAAUUCAGAGGAUGAGCCGCAGGAUGGCUCUCGCACGGUCAUUGGUGAAGCCCCUGCAGCUGCCGGCCCUUAUUGCCUGCAUUUUGCGGCGAAAAAUGCGCAAAGAGUAA